AUCCGCCAAUGGCCUCAGACAUAACUCCAUUCAGCUGUGAGGUACACUGAGCAGAACGUCGGCCCAGCUUACUGCAGGACAAGUUUCUCUGGAGCUAAGUCCAGAGGCUCCUGUUUCAAAUUCAUAAUGGCCCUGGAGAUAUAUGUAAGAGAAACUGCAGCGAAGGUAAUCUCAGAUGCAGUAUCCACAGAUGGCAGGGAGAUGGAGCUCCUGAAUAUGAUGUUGGAAGGUAUGCCACACCUUGAGAGAAGCAAGGCUGUGACAAUACAUGAAAAAUGUAAGAAACUCAUUAAGGCUAUCAUAUCAUCUGACAUGGAGAAGAGACAAUUGGAUGCCUUUCUCACUUCAAGUGUUAAGAAGAAAGAUGGAUUCCCUGAGGAUCUUGCUCAUGUGGAGUUAGUGUCAUUCAUGGCAAAUGCAUCUCAACUUGAAAAUACCUUGAAACAAUUUGAAGCAGUGGACAUGCAGAUUCGAAAGUGCUGCUUCGGAGGGAAGUCACCGUGACUAAAUGAAUUCUUCAUAUGAAUUCACUUUUCUUUGGAAGUAUUCUUUUUUCUUUCCAUUUGUUGCAUGUUAUCCCCUUGUGUUAUGGUGCUGAUUCAUUCUUUUUAUUCUGAUGAAAGCUUUGUAAUCAAAAAAUCCAAAUAAAAAAUA